AUGUCUCAUACAAGAAAGGCAUCGGCAUCAAAGGCACCAUCUACUACGCGUUCAGAGACACCCUCCGAACGACCGGUAUCGCCCUCUAAGAUAACAGCAGCCAUAACCGCAGGAGUGAAGCUUGCUAAGAAGAAUCCCGCUUUCCGCCGCGCUAUGGCACCCCAAACACCACAAGUCUCCAGGCCCACUACGCCCAGCUCACCUUUGCGACAUGAUUCACCUGCCGCUUUGCUAUUCACACCCGAGAAAGUCACAACAGUAACUUCCCAUGAUGUCGAUAUCUCUGCCGAUUUGGACGAUGCGCCGAUGCUUGACAGUGAGGACAAGGUCCUCGUCAGUGUGCGAGUUCGUCCAAACAAGGCUGGAGAUGGCGACGAUAUCGCUUGGAAAGUCAAUGAGAAGGACGACAGUGUGCAACUCCGAUCUGAAUUUGCACGCGCUGGGGGAGCUGGCACGACAGAAUACCAUUUUGACAACAUAGUAAUCGGAUCGGACAACAAAUCUGUGUAUAACGUGACAGCGAAAGCACAUGUCCGCGCUGCUAUGGAGGGGUUCAACUCAGUUAUUUUCGCUUACGGACAAACUGCAUCCGGAAAGACGUUCACCUUGACCGGAGACGAGGAGCAACCUGGCAUUAUUCCUCGGGCUAUGAAGGACGUAUUCUCAUAUAUUCGCAAGCAUCCCAAACGCGAAUUCUUACUUCGUGCAUCAUAUUUGGAGAUCUACAACGAGACUAUCCACGAUCUCCUCUCCCCCGUUCCAACUCCGGUUCAGCUCAAGGGCACCACGCUUGUUCCCUUACGCGAGGAGGUUUUUACGUCCCCUCAAGGUGUAAAAGAAAUUCUCGAUAGAGGCGACGGAAAUCGACGGACUGCCAGCACGGAUUGGAAUGAAAGGAGCUCACGUAGUCACAGCAUUUUUCGAUUGGUCGUCGAGUCCCGAGAAUUAGCGAGCGACGCCUCGACGCCCAAUCCCGGCGUGCCUCCCCCUACGCCGGGAGGUAGCCGUCUAUACGAUGGCGGAAAGCCAGUUCAGAUGAGUGUUCUCAACCUGAUCGAUCUUGCGGGAAGCGAGAAGGCAACCAGUGACAAGGAGCGUACCAGGGAAGGACGUUACAUUAAUACAAGCUUGUUGACGCUCGGUCAUGUUAUCCAAAUUUUGGGAGAGAAUGCUGCAAAGGAGAAAAGCGACCACGUCCCGUAUCGCAGCUCUAAACUAACCCACAUGCUCCAACCAUGUCUGUCGGGGGAUGCAAGGAUUUCGGUUAUAUGCACAAUCAACGCAUCACCCUCAGCCAUCACUGAGACGCAGUCUACUCUGGGAUUUGCGUCUCGCAUUAAGAAGGUUCAUUUGAACGCAGAAAAGAAAGAACUCAUCGACACUGAAGCCUUGAUCGAGCGGUAUAAAGCAGAGAUUCGAGCACUGAAGAACCAGCUUGAAGAGCGUGAACGAGAAGCUCCCUCAAGACAUCGUCGUCUUAGCCUUCGCGACCAGAAGGACGACUCGAAGGCUAUGACCGAUAUUAGCAAGCGAAUCAAGCAGCUGAGAGGCCUGAUCCUCACUAGCAACACGGUCGACGACGGAUCAUCGGGUCCUCGGCCCGUCAGCCCAUCCAAGGUGGACUUUGACCUCGCUCCUCACCAGCUUCGCGAAGAGUUGUUCCAGGCAAAACGCAAACUCGAGCUGCAGAACAUGCAGAUCCUGUCGUUGGAGACAGCCCUUGAACAAAGACCUUUAAUCUCUACCGAUGCUCCAGAAUCGGAUAAAGACAGACUUAUUGCCGAAUUGCAGCAGGAAGUCAGGGAUCUGUCGGUCGAGGUUCGUGGACAUGAACGAAGUUCUGGAGACGGUGCCGAGAGAGCAGACGUUCAAAAUGAGAGGGAAUGGACGGAACGGCUCAGAAGCAUGGAAGCCUCGCUGGCAGAGAAAGAUGCUUAUGCGACCGAAUGCGCAAAAGCGUUAGAAACAGAGAAACAGGCAAGGGCGCGACUCGAGGAGGCAAACAAGGCAAUGCAUGCCUUCAUCAGAGAUAUCGACUUGUACAUCACCGGGAAGAGCAUGGAAUCGCGCAUCGCUAAACCUCGUGUAUCGGGUGCCGGUGCCCUGGGGGCAUUGGAUACCAACAAGACAGGCGACCUACGCCAUUCCUUGAUUGAGCAGGACUCGGACAAGAAAGGCUCUGCACUCUUGAAGCGCAUUCGUGGCCAGCCGAGUCUGCUGGAACAUAUGCCAGAAGAACUGGAGAUGCUGAUGAAUCAGGACGACGACUUCGAGGUUGUACCUCAAAUGAAGGCAAGUGUGACGGGCGCCAAAGUCAGCAGGGAGAACAAAGAGAAUAUGAUUGGUUGACU